UCUAAACUGUCAUGGCGAUUUUGUGUCCUUGGAAAUAAAAAGCGCCAGUGUUUUUUCGGGCUAACCGGGGUGAUGUCUCGCCGGUGAGAGCGUGUGUCCGGUGUCCGGAGCAGAUGUAGUGAAGGGAUAGAAGAUGAAAAUACACAAGAAGGACAAGCAGCAGAUGUUCACUGGUGUCCUGAAGCACACGCCACCUCCGGCCUCCGCUGCAGCCUCCUCCUCCUCCUCCUCCGCCUCGGACCAAAAGAGCAACGCACAAACCACAGUCCCUACAAUCCCACGGGGACACCUGGUCGUGGGCCCCAAGGAUCAGCUCCGCCUCCUCACCCCUGUGGGCAGCACGGCGACGUCCAAUCACUGCGCGGCGGCAGUGGCCCACGCCGCUAAGCACUCCGGAGGAGCCCCUCGACCUCCUUCCUCCCUGAGUGAGGAGGAUGAUGGAGGGGGAGGAGGAGGAGGAGGAGGCAGGGUGAAGAAGAAACGGAAGAAAAAGGACAAGAGAGAAUGGGAGAAAGGAGGAGGGGAGGUGGAUGAAAGCAGCAAACCAAAGAAACGAAAAGAGGAGAAAGUAGCGACGGUGGUCACACUGAGGAAGAGCAAGGAGCCUAAGGAAGGGAAGGAGCGAAAGGAGCGUAGGACCAAGGGGAAGGAGGGAAGGAAAGAGCUGAUGAAUGUGGCAGGGGGGAGAACGUCAGGGGCCACAGUGGCCCCCGGACCAGCUCAGGUACCUGUUAAGGUGCCUGGCAAAAGAGGAAGGAAACCGAAGGUCAAAGUCCUACCUCCUGUACCCACGAAUCAAGCACCUCCUCCUUCGGCAGGUGUCCACACUAAGGGGCAGUCCCACAGUGCCCAGAGCCACGGCAAGAACCACAGACAGGCCAACAGCAAGACCCCAGCCCCCUCAGCGCCAAAACAGAGGGGCCGCAAACCCAGAGAUCCUGGCGCAGCGCCGGUGGAGAAGAAGAAGAAGGGAAAGAGGAGAAACCAGGAGCUGGCUGUCCAGGAGGGGGCGGAGAGUGACGACACUACCUCAAUGUCAGCCCUCAACAUGGGUGGAGAGGACAGCCAAGACCCCCUGGAUAACGCGAAGCGGCGUUCGGGACGUCAAGUCAAGAGGAGGAAGUACAACGAGGAUUUGGACUUCAAGGUGGUAGACGAUGACGGAGAGACGAUCGCAGUUCUUGGAGCUGGACGCAUCUCGGCGCUCAACGCCACUGCUCUGGCGUGGCAGGCUGAGGAGCCACCUGAGGACGAGGCCAACAUCAUUGAGAAAAUUCUGUCCGUCAAAACAGUGAAGAAAGAGACAUCAUCAGAGGACCAACCGGAGGAGACAGAGGAGUUUUAUGUCAAGUACAGAAAUUUUUCCUACCUACACUGCAAGUGGGCCACUCUGGAAGAGCUGGAGAAAGAUCCCAGAAUCCACCAGAAGAUUAAACGCUUCAGGACCAAACAGGCGCAGAUGAAACACCUGUUCACUGAGCCCGAUGAGGACUUAUUUAAUCCAGACUACGUCGAGGCGGACAGAGUGCUGGAGGUGGCUGUAACCACAGACACUGAGACUGGAGAGGAGGUGACCCAUUACCUCGUUAAGUGGUGCAGUCUCUCGUACGAGGAGGCGACGUGGGAGCUGCAGGAGGAUUUGGACCCAGAAAAAAUCAAAGAGUUUGAGGAGAUCCAGAAACUGCCACCGGACCUCAGACACAUGGAGCGUCCUCCUCCAGACAAAUGGCAGAAGUUGGAGCGCUCCAGAGAUUACCGGAACGGAAACCAGCUCAGAGAAUACCAGUUAGAGGGAAUGAACUGGUUACUGUUCAAUUGGUACAACAGAAAAAACUGCAUACUGGCAGAUGAAAUGGGUUUGGGAAAGACCAUCCAGUCCAUCACCUUCCUCUACGAGAUCUUCAGCAUGGGUAUCCGCGGCCCCUUCCUCAUCAUCGCCCCCCUGUCCACCAUCACCAACUGGGAGAGGGAGUUUCGCACAUGGACGCACAUGAACGUCAUCGUGUAUCAUGGCUCGCAGAUCAGCCGGCAGAUGAUCCUGCAGUACGAGAUGUUUUACAGAGACGCCCAGGGUAACACCAUCCCAGGUAUUCUGAAGUUUCACGGGGUGAUCACCACCUUUGAGAUGAUCAUGGCCGACUGUCCGGAGCUGAAGAAGCUCCACUGGCGCUGUGUUGUGAUCGACGAAGCCCACCGCCUGAAAAACAGGAACUGCAAACUGCUGGAGGGACUCAAGCUCAUGAACCUGGAACACAAGGUUCUGCUGACAGGAACCCCUCUGCAGAACUCAGUGGAGGAGUUGUUCAGCCUGUUGAAUUUCCUGGAGCCACUGCAGUUUCCUUCAGAGAGCACCUUCCUGGAAGAAUUUGGAGACCUCAAAACAGAUGAACAGGUGAAGAAGCUUCAGGCCAUUCUGAAGCCCAUGAUGUUGAGGAGGCUGAAGGAUGAUGUGGAAAAAAACCUGGCGCCUAAAGAGGAGACCAUCAUAGAGGUGGAGCUGACCAACAUUCAAAAGAAAUAUUACCGAGCCAUCUUAGAGAAGAAUUUUUCCUUCCUGUCCAAAGGAGCAAACCAGCACAACAUGCCCAACCUCAUUAACACCAUGAUGGAGCUCCGCAAGUGCUGCAACCACCCUUACCUUAUCACAGGAGCAGAGGAGAAGAUUCUGGAAAGUUUCAGGAAGGUCUACAGUCCAGACGCCAUGGACUUCCAGCUGCAGGCCAUGAUUCAGGCAGCUGGUAAACUGGUGCUGAUUGACAAGCUGCUGCCCAAACUGCUGGCCGGGGGACACAAAGUCCUGGUCUUCUCCCAGAUGGUGCGCUGUCUGGACAUCAUGGAGGACUACCUCAUACAAAGACGCUACACAUACGAACGUAUUGAUGGUCGCGUGCGAGGGAACCUGCGGCAGGCGGCCAUUGACAGGUUCUGCAAACCCGACUCAGACCGCUUCGUUUUCCUGCUGUGCACCAGAGCCGGUGGGCUGGGAAUCAACCUGACAGCUGCAGACACCUGCAUCAUCUUUGACUCCGACUGGAACCCUCAGAAUGACCUGCAGGCCCAGGCACGCUGCCACCGGAUUGGUCAGAGCAAAGCAGUUAAAGUCUACAGGCUGAUCACGAGGAACUCAUACGAGAGGGAAAUGUUUGACAAAGCCAGUCUGAAGCUGGGAUUGGACAAAGCUGUCCUCCAAGACAUCAACCGCAAGGGAAGCCUCAACGGGGUGCAGCAGCUUUCUAAGCUAGAAGUGGAGGAUUUGUUGAAAAAAGGAGCGUACGGAGCACUGAUGGACGAAGAAGACGAGGGCUCCAAGUUCUGUGAAGAAGACAUUGAUCAGAUACUGCAGAGACGAACUCAGACCAUCACCAUCCAGUCUGAAGGGAAAGGCUCCACGUUCGCAAAGGCCAGUUUCAUCUCAUCUGGUAACAGAACAGACAUUUCUCUGGACGACCCCAACUUCUGGCAGAAAUGGGCCAAUAUCGCUGAGGUGGAGAUCGACUCCAAAUCAGAGAAGGAGUCCUUGGUGAUCGACACGCCGCGGGUGAGGAAACAGACGCGCCACUACAACUCCUUUGAAGAUGACGAGCUGAUGGAGUUCUCAGAGCUGGACAGUGACUCAGAGGAGCGGCCGUGUCGGACUCGCCGCCUGGGCGAACGCACCCGGCGGUACCUCCGUGCAGAGUGCUUCCGGGUUGAGAAGAACCUGCUUAUCUUCGGCUGGGGUCGGUGGAAGGACAUCCUAAAUCACGGUCGAUUCAAAUGGCAUCUGGCAGAGAGAGACAUGGAGGUGAUCUGUAGGGCUCUGCUGGUUUACUGCCUGAGACACUACAAAGGUGAUGACAAGAUCAAGAGCUUCAUCUGGGAUCUGAUUACACCCACAAAGGAAGGCCAGGACCAGGCGCUGCUAAAUCACUCUGGUUUAUCAGCUCCUGUUCCUCGGGGUCGGAAGGGGAAGAAGCUGAAGAAUCAGCUGAAUGUUCCGGAGGUGAAGAACGCCGACUGGCUCGUCCACUGUAACCCUGAGGUGGUGCUGCAGGAUGAGAGCUACAAGAAACACCUCAAACAACACUGCAACAAGGUGCUACUGAGGGUGCGCAUGUUGUACUACCUGAAGGUGGAGGUGUUGGGUGAGGCUGCCAAUCAAGCUCUAGAGGGGAUACCUGCCAGUAAACUUGAGGUGUCACUACCCGACAUCGACUACAUAGAGAUUCCAGCUCCAUGGUGGGAUGCGGAUGCUGACAAGUCUCUCCUCAUAGGAGUCCACAAACACGGCUAUGAGCGGUACAACGCCAUGCGUGCAGAUUCAGACCUGUGUUUCCUGGAGAGAGUGGGAAUGCCAGACGUCACAGCGCUGUCUGCUGAGCAGGGAGGAGGGGAGGGGGCCUCUGACAUGGCUGACAGUGUGUGCAAAACUGAGGAGGCGAAGGAUGAGACUGAAAGCAAAGCUGAUGGAGGCGAGGAUAGAGACGAGAGCAGCAAGGGAGAGGAAACCUGCUCCAGCACGGACACCUCAGACAAGCCUGACAGUACAGGUCCAGACUCCCAGAUGUCGGGUGACUUGUGCGCCCAGGAUGGAACCCUGGUCACCACCACGACAACAGGAACAGGGACCGGGGUGGCAUCUCUCCAUGUAAUCCAAGCCCGGCCCCUCUGGCCCACCGGCCCCGCCUUGACUGCCCGUUUACGCCGCCUAAUAACGGCCUACCAGCGUUUCACGCUGCGCCGCGAGCCUCUGCUCAGGCACGACUUCCUGCUUCACGAUGGCCUCGUCAGCAUGGGGAUCGGAGGAGCUGGAGCUACACACAGUCAUCACUCUGGUGGGCCGCUGGCGUGGCAGCUGGGCGAAGAGCUGAGGCGGUGCUCUGUGGUCGCCACAGAACCUGACCCCUUGUUCCUGGAGUGGCAGAGAAGGUGGACUCGUCGGGAACAAGCAGAUUUUUACCGCACUGUGUCAUCGUUUGGGGUGGUGUAUGACCCAGAGAGGAAAUCCUUUGACUGGUCCCAGUUCAGAGCACUGGCCCGACUGGAGAGGAAGACGGACGAGAGUUUGGAGAGAUACUUCAACUCCUUUGUCAACAUGUGCAGGACGGCCUGCAAACUGCCUCCAAGGAAGGAAGAAGGGUUGGUGGAUCCCGCUGUGCUUGUCGAGCCUCUGACAGAAGAGAGAGCAGCCCGGACUUUAUACCGCAUCGAGCUGCUCCGAAAGAUCAGAGAGCAGGUUCUCCGUCACCCGUUGCUCUCAGCCCGCCUCCAGCUGUGCCGCCCCUCCCUCUACCUCCCAGUCUGGUGGGAGUCUGGCAAACACGACCGUGACCUCCUCAUCGGAGCAGCGCGCCACGGCUUGAGCCGCACAGACUUCUACAUCCUGAACGACCCCCAGCUGAGCUUCCUGGAGGCACACAGGAACUACGUCAGGGGACACCCCUCUCAUCUUCAUCCUCAAAGCCAUCAUCACCCUCAUCACCCAGGCCUGGUGACCCAUCCCGGCAUCUCGUCUUCAUCCUCUUCGUCCCAUCCACAGCUGCCUCAUCCUCACUGCUGCCUGUAUGAUUCUAGUCUCGGUCGCCACUCCCCUCAGCCUCCUGAGUAUCCUCACCAGUCCUCUCACCACCACCACCAUCAUCACCACCAGCAUCACUCUGUGCCUCCGUCUGCUCCUUCUCCUUCCUCCUCCUCUUCUUCCUCCUCUCACCCUCACCUCCACCCUCUACCAUUGGAUGCCCACAAUUCUGCCUCACCAAGUCUGGGAAUAGUUCCUGGGUCACGGGGAGAUUUCCUCGACUGUCCUCCUCUGGAUGAAACCCUGGAGCUGGGUUCACUACAGCAUGAUGCCAUGUCUGCAGAUGCCUUACAUGGAGGGAAGGCAUCCAAAGACGCCCUCAACGGUUUCCCAUUCAAUUCAGCUGCAGGAGGUCAAAGCAUGCUCAACUCGUACGGCGUCGGGGGAACAGACCUUGAUUCAAAACUAAGGAGUGACGUGCUUGUUGGUGAGCAGGGCUCCUCAGAGGAAACCGGGCUGAUGGCACCAUCGGUGGAGCUGGAUCAGUUACAGGCUCCCUGGGAUGGCACAGACCACUCCAGUCCAGCUCACCACAUGUUCAAUGAAUCUGAUCCAAUUCUUGGACCUUCCACUCUGGAGACUGGCUUUCUGGAGGAGGAGGAUGAGGAGGCGCAGGGGGGAGACAGAGGAGGGGAGGAAGGUGGAACUCUGGAGGAGUGUUUGGGCCUCCCACCCUCCUCCUCUCCCUCCCACCCCUCUGCAGGAGACUCUGUGGAGCCGCUGUCCUCAAGUUACAUGCUCUUUAAGGAAAUUGGUGUGAGCGAGGAACCCAGCGCAGAUCAAACCGACCUUUCAGCGAGCCCCCCGCCUCCUUAUGUCCCCCCACCUCCCCUCUCUCUGUCUGACAUCACUGCCCACACGCCACAGCAUAGGCUGGGCCCCUCUGAUGUGGCUGAAAGCUUGGCUAACCCUGUGGAGGAAGGAGAAGGCCAGGAAGGAGGCACUGGGUUCGAGUUUGAUGACAAGGAGGAGGAGGAAGUGGAAGACUUGUCAGGGGGGACCUUGGAGCAGAAUGUGGAGAAACAAAGAGAUCUGGAGGGAGUGGAGUGUGACGUAGACCAAGGAGCAGACCAAAGUUUGGGAGUUUUGAAUCCACCCAUGGAAGUACCUCAGAUGGACGGGAUAGUGCCAGAGCCGGGCCUUGCAGAACAGGACGAACAAGACCUUCAGGAGAGCUUCGACCAAGCAGAGCAUGAAGAGGAGUUACCACAAGGGGUGCAUCCGUAUCUUGGGAAGCUGGAGCAGGAAGGUAGCCUUGCAUGUCCUGAGUCCAUUGAAGAGCCUGGGGAGGAAGUGGAUGGGUUGAUUCUGUAUCAGACAGUGGAGGAAGAGACGAUAGGAAACUCUCUUGACACUGAAACAUUAAUGGGGAACGCAGCUGGAGAAGAUGGUCCAGCCGAGUGCACAGAUCUGGCAGAUCAAGUGGAUGAGAUCUCAGAAGGGCAGAUGGAUCAUGUUUCUUUCAUCCACGUUCCAGUGGUUCAACCCAGUGAUGACGUGGCAGUGAAACAACUAGACGUCAAACCCAACGAGAUGGUGCUGCAGAGCAUUUACUCAGAAUAUGCACAACCCUCCUGCCCUACAACGUCUGUCUCACCCCCUACUGUAGCAGCAAAGGCUGACGAAACCGCCACAAAGAGCAGUGGCGGAGCUGGAGUCAAAACCGAAGUCUCCAUGAAUCAGAAUAACUAUGAAGGUACAGCUGAAGAUCUGAGCUCACCACAUGGGAGGAGAGACUGUAAGAAUAGAGUCCUGACAUUCUCCCUUGACCAGGACAACAAAAAUAAUCUGCUUGAGCAAAUUGGAAUCAAAAUGGCCCCAACUCUACUUGCAAACAGUAUUGACACAAAGCCAUCUGAUCUCAAGUUUUCUCUUCUACCAGACAGUGGCGUUGACAAGAAACCUCAGCAACUGGAGCUGCCAAUCAAGGUAGAGGAAACCAAGAUGGAGGCUGGAGAGGAUGUCUACCCCGACAGCUCUGAAGUCAAACAUGGAAAUUUCCUUUCUUACCACGUCAAGUCAGAAGACUUAGUGACCAAAGCUGAGCAGUUAGACUAUCCUGUCAAACCAGAAACACUGGAGACCAAACCCGAAGAUCUAAGCCUCCCCAUGAAGCCUGAAAGCUUAGACUGUAAACCUGAAGUCCUCCAGUUCGCAGCCUUCUCAGAUGGCGCUGAAAUCAAACCUGAAGAAAAACCAGUAGCUCUCAGUUUUGCUGUGUAUCCAGAUGGAGCUAAGCUUAAGACUGAGACAGAGCAAGAGGAUUUAAGGUUAUCGGCCUUUCCUGACACGUCUGCCAUCAAGCCCGAAGCCAAGCCAGAGGGUCUGGAGUUCACAACCUACCCAGACAGCUCUGAGAUUAAACCCGAGGCCAAGCCGGAGGACCUCGAGUUUACAGCUUUACCUGAGAUCAAAGCUGAGACAAAGCAGGAGCUGUUGGAGGCCGACAGCACAGUCCUGACCCCAAAGCUGGAGCAGGUAGAUGGGCUGGUGGACACCUCGGAGAGUCUGGUGGUGAAAGGCCAAGUGAAGGAGGAGAGGCCAACGACACCAGUACCUGUGGUGGAAGGUUACGCGGGCAGCCCCAGGUUUGCAGCUCCUGUUUCCAUGUGUGAGAUUCCUGAAAGCCUCCACGACACCAGGGAGCCGACCAUCGCUCAGCUGCUGCAGGAGAAAGCACUUUACUCAUUUUCUGAGUGGCCCAAGGACCGUGUUAUCAUCAACCGCCUGGACAGCAUCUGCCACGCCAUCCUGAAGGGGAAGUGGCCGUCAUCAAGCGAGCAGUACGACUCACCCGGCUCCAUGGUCGCCAACUCAUGCCUGGCCAACAGUUUAGCCCAGCACCACCACCAGCAGCACCACCGUGCAGGCUUCCUCCCCACCACGGCCUCCAGCUCCGUCCCGGGCCAGUCCAGGGUUCAGCAGACGAACCCUGGACUCGGGUUCUCCAUCCCUCCCCCUCUCACCAGACUACCUAAGUACAUGUCGCGGGGCGGCGCAUGUGGGCGCGGAGCUUGGCGCCUCACCUCCUUGCCUCUCUUACAGGAGAGGCUCGUGGCUCCUCCUUAUCUCCCUGAGCUCAAACGAGCGGGAGGUCGGAGGUCAUUCGACUAUGAAGCCGCUGCUGCAGCAGCCGCUGCCAAGGUUUUAGCUGGGAAAUCAGCAUCGUCAUGCCACACUGCCGCCACCACAAGCUCCAGUGGUGCUGCUCCGGUGGUGGCGCCGCCCUCUCAUCGCACAGGAGCCAUGCUGAUUAACGGCUGGCAAGAAACAGCCAUAGAUCUAACCAAGUCGUCCGGAGAAAUAAGCACCACCAGUGCCCUAGGGACAGGAGAAGCUGUGGUUGCACCGGGAAUCAGCCACCAUGGUGCUGGCAGCAGUCAUAAGCUGCCGCCGCCACCCCCCAUCACAGCACCGCUAUCAGGCUCUGUGGGGAUCGACAUGGCCGGGAUACUGCAGGCAGGGCUCAUCCAUCCUGUAACGGGGCAAAUAGUUAACGGAAGCCUGAGGGGAGAUGACUCACUGAGGAGGAGGAGAGGGAGGAGGAGAAACGUUGAAGCACUGUACUCUGAGUUCACCAAGAGCAGAGGACUGCACCUCCCAGAGACACAGCUACAGGGCCGGGUGGAGGUAAUCAGCCACUCCUCCGUCUCCUCCUCCACCUCCUCGCCGUCCCCCUCUCCUUCAGAGCGACCCGCUGGCCCUCCCACACCGUCCUCCUCUUCUACACCCACCCCCACCCAGACACCACCUCAGCCAGAGAUCGUGGCCAUCGACAGAGAGGCGGCCAGCAAAGGUCUGAUCGAGUGGCUGAGACAGAAUCCGGGCUACAGCAUGGAUCUCCCCACAUUCACUCAUUCUGGAGCAGGUCUGUUACAUGGUUUUGUGGAGCGUCCCAAGCAGAGGAGGCAUCGCUGUAAAGACCCCACUAAGCUGGAUAUCAACUCUUUGACAGGGGAGGAGAGGGUUCCUGUUGUGCACCGAGGCACCGGACGCAGGCUUGGUGGUGCUAUGGCUCCGGCCAUAAAGGAGCUCUCCAGGUGGCUGGAUGCCAACUCAGAAUACUAUGUAGCUCCAGACUGGGCUGAUGUGGUCAAACACUCUGGUUUCCUCCCUGAGGGGAAGUUCUCCCGGAUCCUGACAGAACCAGUCAACAGAGACUCGGGCUCUCGCCGACGUGGACGGCGGCCUCGCAGCGAGAUGCCUAAGCCCUUGCUGUCUGUCUCUGACUCAGCCACAUCUGGCCUCGGCCCCCCACUCUUCAUGAACGGUGGAUUAAUCGGCAGCAUGGACUCCAUGGUGCAGAUGCAGAACCUCCGUGGUGGUAUUCCUGGAAUUCCCAUCUCUGGAAUAAUGGCAGCUGGAUUUCCACAUGGUUUCUCUGCAGCUGUCCAGGCGGGCGGAGCCGGAGCGUCGGCAGAAGAUGCCAAAAAUGGGUUGAGUAUGUUACCCAUGAUGCUGCAUGGCAUCCCUCACCCCCAUGGGGCUGCGAUCCCACAACACGCCUUGUUCAGCGUCGGUGCGAUGAUGGCGCACACGCCGCCGCCGCCUCCUCCUCCUCACCCCAGCUCCUCCUCUUCUUCUUCAUUGUCUGCUGCAAAGGUCACCACGACAACCGCACCAUCUACAUCUGAGGCAGCCAGCCCCUCUUCGACAACGCCUGCUGAGAGAGAGAGCACCGCCUCUUCUGGCUCUGGUGGCGGUGAGAAAGAGAGGAGCCGGGAGGAGAAAGGAGCAACAGAAGCUAACAAAAGAGCAGGAGUGGCGGAGGCAGCAGCCAUCAUCACCUCCACCAGCAGGGCCCACAUUGGCGCUGCGCAUCUCGGAGGCAGCACCGGCAGCCAUCUUACCUUCAACCCCUUCCUGAUCCCGGGCAUGUCCCACGGCCUGCUGUACCCACACAUGUUCUUGCCGCACGGUGGCAUCAUGGCGCUGCCCGCUAUGCCUCCUGGUGCAGUAGACGGCUCCCCGGGCAGCCCCAAGAGGAGGAGGAAGAGAGGGCGGGAGGAAGGGGAGAGAGAGGAGGAGAGGGAGAAGGCAGCGGUGGCGGGAAAGGUAGAGGAGAGAGAAAGUACAGUUAAGGCUAAUGUUACCUCCCACCCAGCCUCCUCCUCGUCUCCCUCCAUCCCCUCUACCUCGGCUCCAGACCCAGGCCUGUCUCCGACCGAAGAGCCCCAGACUGGGCAGGGAGACGCAGAGGACGGGCCUGCAGAGCCCCAGGAACCUGACUCCCAUAACCCUCUCGAGGGAGCAGCAACAGAGGAGAAAGAGGAAAGACUGGAGGACACAGGAGGAGAAGCAGCAGCAGAAGAGGAGAAGCAGGACAGUGAGGAGCAGAGACAGGUGGAGGGAGAGGAAGCGUAGAGGAGGAGAAAACUGCAGAGAGACGGACACUUCCUGCUCUCUCCUCCUGUCUCCUUGGUUGCUCUCUUUCUCGACUGAGCAACAGUGUAAAGUUUGUGCCGUGUCUGUCAGUCAAUGUCCAUGUAAAGACUUUUAUUAUGAUGAUGACUAAUAAUAAUGAUUAUAUUCAACUUGGUUAUGUUUAUAUACCAAGACCCCACCCACCCUCUCCACUCCCUCCUUGUAUACAGAAAAAAAAAACAGUGUAAGAAAUGCUCUUCUGUGUAUUCUUCCCCCUUCAUUCUGCAUCGAGACUGAGUCAGGAGGGACUUCUCAACAGAACACACAUAUACACAUAUACACACACACACACACACACACACACACACACACUGCAGGCGAGAUGUGCUAACCAAGGAGCAGCUUUGGCAGUAAUGAUCCGGUUAUAAGCUCAAAGUGAUCCAGGAUGGUGUGUUGCAGUGUUUAGGUUUGGUUUGUUUGACACAAGGAUGAUGAUGACGACGGAGAGCCGCGGCUCAGCUGUCAGAGGUGGUUCUCUGAAGUCGUUUGAAUUUCUCACCACAGUUUGGGAAUUCAGAGGAGCACUCGUUUAUGUUCAAGGUCAAAACCCGAGCCUGUUCAUCUGAGUACUGUCUUGUUGUUUUGUGUUCUGGCACACUCCACUAAAUUGAUUUUUUUGUCUUGCUUUUUCUGUGCAAUGUUCAACAAACCUGCAGGUUAGAUUAACCUGAAAGUGAGUCUUGGUAAUACUGAAGAGUCUGAACCAGCAUUCGCAGACACAUGACACUAAGAUAGUGGUUCUCAACCAGGUGUCCUUAAGGAAGUUCCAGGGAGUCACCAGAAAGAGAGGUAAUCAUUUAUUUUCACUAAGUCACUAUAGAAGUGAGCCCAGUGUAAGUAAGAGUCAUAAGAGUGGCUGUUCUCAUCAUAGGUUUCACUUUGUCCACGAUUAUCUCCUCAACUGCAGAGUUCUGGUCCUAAUCAUAUCCAACAACCAAAGUCUUUUCAGAUGGAGGUCCCCUUAAGGAGGUGAAGUGAAAUCUGAUUAAAUGGGGGUCUGUGAUGUAAUGUGUAUCAGUUGACACAAAAAAAAGGUUGCGAACAACUGCACUCAGAAACCUUUUCCCAGUCAAUACAAAGAGAAAACACUGAUAAAUGUAAACUUAUUAUGCAACAGCGACUCCACCAAGAGAACAGGCAGCAGCCCAGAUCCUUUUUUUUUUUUGAAAAAUUUCUAAAUGAUUUUGAUAUGAUUCAAAGAAAAAAAAAGUUAAAAGCUGCCAAAUCAGAAAGAUUUUUACUUGGUAAAAUUGAGAGAAAGUCACAACACAAGUAUCAUCACUAAAUCCCGGGCAUACGUGUUGUAUCUUAAUCAUAAGAUAGCAUUGUCUGCCAGCCCCUGACAUUUUAGACAUUCUUUUUUUUUAAUCGAUAAUUUUAUUAUUAUUGCUAUGCCAUUGCUGCUACCACUUCCUUGUCAAAGGAAGUUCAGAGAGUUAAAAUGUUCUUUCCUCGUCAACCAGAUUAUUAAUCCAGAUUCAAAGACUAGGAAGGUGCAUCCAGAACAAGAAGAACUCCGCCUUUUGCUUUUAUCGAUAAAAGCAGAGAACAAUCAUGAGAUUAAUUUUUAUUCAUUUUCAAAAUCAUGUAAAGAUUUUUUUUUUUUUAACUCAGACACAAAGUCACUUUGAGAAACUGCUCCUGAAGAGUUCAGGCCGAAUGAGAGGAGAUGAAAGACAGGAAUUUUAAAGUCAAGAGCUCAGUCUGGCCACCAGGGGGAGGUAGGAGGCAGAUUUGAUUGUAUCCUGUCCUGCAGACACAGGGGUGGAGGGAUUGUGGGAGAAGAAGAGGAGACGAGGUGGUGUUUUUUUUUUCCUUUGGUUUGCUUUUAUCUGAGUUCUAACUUACAGCAAAUCAGUGACACAGUGGCUCAUGCAAAAGGACUGCUGCAAAAUGGUUGCAAUCAUGACCUGUAGCAUCACGCCCCUUUUAUUUUUUAUUUAUUUGUUCUGUUUUCGGCCAUACUGUCCUCUCCUGAGUUCAGUGAAAUGUUACGUCUGCGUUGUCGACCAUCUGUCCAGUGAAAGGGAAUAGUCUGUUUUCACAGAUGAAACAGGAAGAGGAGGGAUACAAAGCGGUGCGUGAAUCGCUCGGGUUGAGUGCCUCGUUGUUGCUCUUCGUCUCAUUUCUUUUCCUCAGAUUAGUUUUAAUAGCAGUUCAUACUAAGAGUUUCUAAAUAUGUAAAUCUAUCGCUGUAUAUUGCUGUUUUUCUUUCUUUAAGUGCACCGUUUAUUUCUUUUGCCUUUUUGUUUUGUUUCUCCAUUGGGAAAAAAAUACUUGACAGAUGCGAGGGGGAUUUUUGCAUAGAGGUUAGUCCCAGUGUUUUCGGUAUCAAACAGACUGUACUGUACAUUAAAUGGAUGCAAGUCGCUGGUUUUAUUCAGUCUUUUCAGAACAGGGUCUGUAUUUUGGGGUGAUAUGUCAAAUGUUUCCGUUUAUGAUGUUGGACUUCACUUUUUUUGUUUUCAUACAUGAAAACAUUAUUUUUGCACAAUGUCUUUUUGUGAAUGUUAACCUGUUUCUGUACUGUCUUGUAUUUCCUUUAUGUGUGUGUGUGAGAGAGAGUGUGUGCGAUAUUUGGGAGAGAGCACGAGCGUCUGUGUGCAUGCAUGCGCACACGUUUCCGUUGUGGAGCUGUGUUUCGACUUCUGUCUCGUCCUUACAGGUCACAUUUCUUGUUGGAGAAAAAAAAACAUAGUUGUUGCCUUGUCACAAGUUUGUGGCUACAUAUAAUUUAUUAUGCUUUUCUUUUGCUUUGCCAAACUUUCACCAAAUAUGACAUUCUUUCUCUCCUAGUUUCAUUAUGUAUUAUUCAAAGUAAAAUGCCUUAUUUAGCUAGUAUUUUUUGUAUAGAUGUUCUGUUACAUCUCCAUAUACUAGGGACAUGUUAUCAUGUGUGUGUUCAGUUUGUCCUUUGCUUGUAUGCGUACACGGCCUUGAUGAUGUGCAUUAUCUAAAAAAAAAGCCAGUAGUAAUGCAAAGGUACCACUGUCCAAAUCACUGCGUUAAUUCCCAAAAGUCAAUCAGUCAUCCCUCAAAGCACAAGAGAGUUAACAAAAAGUGACUGUUUUCUUACCAGUGCCUCUAAAAUCACUUUAAAUGGUUUCUCUUUUGUGGGCUUCACUUGCGUACGAUGUUGACAUUCCCUUUCCGUAGUGACAUCAUCAUCGGGAAAGUGAAAGUGUAACUCUUUGUUGGAUUUCACCCUCAGCAGACGAUGCCAUGCUGUUCGUUAAAGGGGAAUUCUGGAUUAUUUUCAACCUGGGUCUUCACUCGUGUAUUUUUCCAUUGUGACUAACGAUGUAUGUGAAGAACGAUGCGUCUCCAUUUCCUCCCGCUGUACAAAAACAAAGCCAAAAUAUCAGGAUGUGGGCGCUGCCAUUUUGCACUGAUGAUUUCAUUGGGAGCCAGAGUCUACACAGUAGCGACGAUCUCUGUGCCAUCAAGUUUCCACUGUUGCGAGUACACUGAUUGGCACACACAGCUCUCAGUCAUGACCUCAAACUUUUAUAGCAUCAAAUAACUAAUUCAAACCAAACUCAGAAAAGACCUACCUAACAUGACCCAUCCACUAACAUGUAGGGGGGCAGAGUUUAUGACCUAUAGUGCAGCAAACUGCAACUCUUGGGGAGUUGAUAUGCCGUCUGUCUAUAUAUACAGACUAUAGUUGUUACUAUUAAUCAUGAGGACACUUUACUCUCCAGCUCUGUUGUAGAAACUUGAAAAACUCCAGCAAGAUGUCAACCAGGAGUAAUGAGUGUGAGCUUCUGCUUACGUUUGUUUGGCUACAAAGUGUUUGACAUCAUUCCUGUUGAAUUUGAAAAGCUGGAGAAGUUUAUUCUCCACCCUGAUCAACUCCAUUAUUACCGGGAUCUUAAAUCUCUGCAACAAGGCAGAAUCCUUUGGUCCUCUUAUUCUCCACCCCGGCACCCACACUUAUGCCCAAUUACUUACGCAACCUGACCUGACCAGUCUACACAAGAUCCCCGGCCCAAAUUGAAACCACAGAUCCCGUAAUAAUCAUGUUCUGUUCAAAUAAUUUGGCUAGGCUGUAUGUUUAAUGGUCCAGUGUUGAGGAUUAAGGAGAAUAUAUUGGCAGAAAUGGUUGAUAAUCACCUGGAACUAAAAAUUGUUGUUGUCGUUACCUUAGAAUGAGCUGGUGCAGAAGACAAAGCCAACACACUACAACCCUUUUUAGACAGAGGUCAAGCUAUAGGGCUGCUACAAAGUCCCUUCAUGCUGCCCUUGCAUUUUUACACAGAACCAAACUACGUCAUUUUGCUCCAGUGGGUAAUUUUAGACUGGAUCCCAGCAAAGAGGCAUGACAAUCAUGACAUGUAACACAGUUGCGUCUGCCUCAAGUGUGACAUUAAACAUACACGUUGGCACCAUUUUAGAAACAGUAACAAUCAUUUACCAUCUCUGUUUUAUGAUGGCUGAUCUCGUCCUCUGCUCAGAGAUCAAGGAGCUCCCGAACCUCAUUGUUUUCCAAAUUUGUGGAUAUUUUCCGCCGCUGUUCUUCUUCUUUUUUGAGUUAGCUGCUACCAGCUACUUUUUAAAUCUCUUGUGGUGGGUCACAUACAUAACACGUCGUUAAAACAUCAUACCCGUGCUGCCCAUGAUCCCAACCUGCUAGUUCUCCCAUUAAUAUAGACAUUGAUGUGGCACUGUUGCUACCUCCAUUCCUGGCUCAGAGGUGAGACAACUCUGUCCCCGCAUUCUGCAAUCGUACCGCCUUCAGCCGCCUUGAAUAGGCAGUGUUAAAGGAGCUUAAGUCAGCAGGAAAACCUGGGAAUAAAAUUAAGAACAUAUAGCCGGCGAAUAACUCUUGUUGUGGCUCGCCCAGCGGGCACUCGACCCAAUGCAGGACUCUGCAACAAAGUUUUUGAACAAAAUGUUCUUGAGCAGUUUGUGAAAUACCAGAAUUUCCCUUUAAGGACGGCUGUUUAAUCCCAUACCAUUCUCUUACUGCACGAGGCCUUCUGUUUGGUAUCUGUCAAGUCUCGGAUGGUAACGCACACACAGUCUGUAUCCAACUCAAGUAUUUGAUUGUUCUCGUGUUUGUUGAAAUCCCUGAAAAAAAAAAAAAAAAAAAAAAUGAAAUCAAAAGUGGGGAAAACAUUUGUUACGUACCACAGCUUAAGUAUCUGAAAACAAACUCCCUCAGCCCAUGUAUGCACAUCAUGUCCUGUUACUGGCUGCUUCUUGUGUAAAAACUUGAAACAACUCGUAGGUGCAGUGUGUGACAACAGUUGGAGGUCAGUCAAGGCGAUGGCUCUGUAUUGUCUGUUCAUGUCACACCAUGCCUUCUUUAACAGUGUUCUUUUUUUUUUUUUUUUUUUCAUCUGGUUAAUUUAAAUGUUCUCCAGAACGGUCACCUCAAAAUGUUGUAAACGUUUAUCUCUUAUCAUAAAUAAUGUAUUUAUUGUAUAGUUCUUGUCUUCACAUCGUUGUCUCAUGACUGAUCAGUGGCUGGUUUUGUUGUUUUUAAUGUCUCCUGAAAGACAAAAGCAUUUUGGUUCACAUGAAAGUUUCACUAUCUGCUUUUCUUUGUAGCCCUCGUCACCUGCUUAUCUGCUGUUAAAUGUAAUUACAUGGUUAAAGAGUCCCACAGAUACCUCCUCUUUAUUUUCUCAACAUGGUUAGGGGAACUGAGCUCUAUGUGCCAUAUGAUAAUGAUCCAAUCUAAAGCCCCUCUGUGGGAUUACUGGGCUGAUCCAAAUGAUAAAGUGUACAUUUGUGUAUUUUUAGGAGAAGUUGACUGAAAACCAGCAGUUACUGGAGCAGACAUGGAUGUUAACGGCUCUGCUUCAGACACGGUGUACCCAAACAAAAACACAGGCUGAGAUUUACACAAUUUAAACUCCUGCGAAUAUUUUUUUUUAAGGGAAAAUGUCUGACUUACUUUUGUUUUCACUGAAAUCACAAAUUGGAUUGUUAGUCAUGUAGAUCCAGUUCCAGGAUCACCAAUUAGAUUUUGGAUAUUUACAACAUCUAUAAAAGCUAAAUGAGAGGACAGAUGCUGGAUAGCGUGACCUGUUCUAGCUUUUUCGGUCUUUAAAAUGAUGACGCCUGAGUUAAACGUUUAUUAUCUCGUGACUGGCUGUUCUGGCCUGAUUAGUUCAGUUUAGUGGGGAACCAAACCACCACGCGCUGGUUGACUUGCACAUUAGAAACCACCUGCAUCACCAUCAUCACGCCGUUCGUGAUCACAUUAACAGGCCUGCUGGGUUUUGUCUUUGGUUUAAAGACCGGAGGGUCCGUGUUCACUGAAUCCCUGUCAGCUCCAGACUGUGACCUUUGACCCCCCCGUAGAAGGAGCCAGUUUUGGGUUGUAAUAGGACAGAUAUCAAGAAGGGAUAGGAAGAAAGAAAAGGGGAAUGUAGCCAGGUCAUGUGAAACUCUCAAACUCUCAUAGCCGUUGCCGCCGCAGUGAAAAAUCAAACACGCUCCAAAAGCUCCAAUUCUGAAAUAGGAUCAACAGAUGUGUCGCAUAACAUCUCAUCACGUUCCAUUAAAAGUUAAAAUAUCAACAUAUAUUUUGCCUUGUAAGAAAUUAUUUUACAGAAAUUAGUUUGUGUCAGUUCAUGGUUUUCUGUCUUAAGUCAUGACGGGCUGGUUUCACAGACUAUAGGAGAAUUACAGCUCCUGGAUAUUCAGACACUUCACUGCAACUUCUGUGUUCUUGUUAUUCCCACUUACAGUAGUUUACAAAAUGGUAUCUUCUGUUUCUGCAAAACAAGAGGGUGUCACAGCGGCUGCCUGAAUUCAAAUAAACACAAGAACAUUAAAACAGAUAUCUGCGUGAGUGCAGAAUCUGUAGGCGACGGGACGAGACAGUAUCCGCAUUGUUUAGGUUUCCAUUUGUAGUAUUGACCCAUCACACUUGAGCACUUGGCUCUGUCUGCAUAAGAGUCUGAAAUUGCUAAUCAGACUGUAAAAAAAAAAAAAAAAAAAGUUGCACAGAACAGAAAGUCUUUGCCCCGAUUCCAUGGAUGUAUAAAGAGAACCGGAGACAGCAUUGGAAGCUGGGCCCCAUUAGUUCCUAAGAAAGUGCUCAUACCCCUUUUUCACGGACAUGGGACUGGUUCUGUUCCGGUUCUCACACCUAAUUUUGAGCCGUUUAGUGCACAUCCACCAUAUAUCAACUGGUUCAGAACCCUAAAGGUUGGCUCUCAGCUUGAAACUAAAAAUAGCUGUUUUUUCUUGACCCAAAGUGCGAGCCGCGACGACAUCAGUGGGUGUGUCAUAUUCUAAUAUUUUGAAAGAGAGGAUGGAGAAGUCAAGUGAGAAAUCAUCAGAUAAAAGCUUGUGCAGUCUCAUCAAUAGUUGGUCCUGCUUGUUUUUUGGGUAAACACAAAUAUCUGUAAUAACGGAACCAAAAUUUGCAGGUAAUCAGUGCAAUCUGCGAUUUUGCCACAACCGUUUAUUUCCAUAGUGUAUUGUGCAACGCCCUUCAUUGGUGAUGAUGGUUCUGCGCAACACUGGCGAAAACACAGGCUGGUUCCCUCGAUAGAACCAAGGUUCCAAGUAUUCUGAAAGGGACCAGGGAAAAGGGGUAUUGGUGCAUGAAGCCAAAAAUAUUUGACAUCUGGGUAUAAUGUUACACAGAUUUUCCACCUCUGUGGCGCCCAUAUAACCAGCACACUAGUGUUUCCCUUAACCCUGCCUCCCAACCGCCCGUCGCCUUGACAGGAUUGACGAUUCAUGUCAACUGUGGAUUUGGCUGUUGUUGAAUUUUACAACUUUUGGGACAUUGUUAUUUAAAUAAGGGCUAUUUAAGUGUUCAUACAGGGAAGUUGGUGUACCUUCAUCUGCUUAUUUUAAGACAUCUCUUUCACAAUGUAAGUCUAUGGGAAAGUCUUUUUUGGCCCAGCAGCAUCACGUGACAUACCUGGAAGUUGUAAUUGGCUUUAAGGCCCAUUGCUGGUCCUGUUUCCAGUUCUCUUUUACAUCCAUGUGCAAUAUUAGUUUUGCAGAUGUUUGUUGGCUUCACUGAAAACUCUGAAAUAUUGGUUGUUGCCCCCAGAGGCUAAAUCGCUAAUAUAGUCAACAAUGCUAAAGAUGUUUUGAGACUCAAAAGUAAGUCGCUUCACGGGGACUAUCGUGAUGGUAAGGUGGCCACCAUGUUUCACUAAAUGAGCGGCACCACUGACGUUAGCUAGCUCCCGCCCAGCGCGAGUGUUGUGCAGUACAAAGUGGAGGCGGCGGCUAGCUUCUCGGUGGAGACUGUAAUUGUCAGACCAAUUGCUGAUGGGUUACCUGUUUGAUAAAAAUGUAAUCAAACUACUUUGACAUUUGUUUUACUCAUAAAUUAUUUUAUUUUGUUAGUUUCUUUGUACCUGUUUGUUCUCAAGAGGCGUGAGAAACUAACAUUUAAACCAGUCUCAGAUUUGAUUAUUUGUUAGAGAACAGCAGCACGACCUUUACAGUUAAUUAUCAAAUAUGUUUUUUGACUAUCUGUGAGCUGGAAAAUAAAGAUUAGACUCAGAUGAUUGCAGGUUUGGAUCACUGAAUGAGAACGUGACCACCUCCACCUAAUUCAUGUCUGUGAAACCAACCAGCUCAACAUUACAGACGUAGGGCAAGUUAAAUCUGUGUUCACAGCUCCCGUACUGGCCUUGCUGAACCAAGUGCAAUGUCAUCCACGAGGAUGUUGUUCUUAAAGGCGGAGAAAAGACAAUAAGUGGCUGCUCCUGAAGUCAGACACCUGGUCAUUACUAAGUAAGUUAUGUGGUGGGGUUUUUAUCUUUUUUUCUUUCUUUUAUUUUCUUAUUUGUAACUAUAGCUCUCUGUAUUCCCAUGUGGACCAAUCUCAUGAGUCAAGACAUGGUAUGUGUGAUCUUUUAUUGUGCAAUAAAAGAUGACUUUCAACUUUC